AAAAAAUAGGAAAUAAUGGAAGAAGGUAGGGUCGGUUGUAUUAAUGGUGUCCGAAGGGAAGAAAGAACUUUCCUUUGUUCCUUCUGAGAUGACCCAACAACUCAAAUCACACUCAAAACUUGUUUCUCUAUUUGGGUUUUGCUCAAUUCUUCUAACAAGCUGGACUUGAAAUUUUCUUCAUCAUCAUGCAAACUCCCGUGCUGGAUCCGCAAGAUCAGAGGGUUACUUCCAGCAUCGAGGAUUCCACUGCAAUGACUAUUGAAUUCCUGCGAGCAAGGUUGCUUUCUGAAAGGUCCAUCUCAAGAAGUGCCAGACAGAGAACUGAUGAACUGGAAAAAAGGGUUUUGGAAUUGGAGGAACAGCUUAGGACGGUAACCCUUCAGAGGAAGAUGGCUGAGAAGGCUACUGCAGAUGUUCUUGCCAUUUUGGAGGAUCGCGGGAUAAGUGAUCUAUCUGAAGAAUUAGAUUCAGGCUCAGACCUUGACAUUCCUUGUGAAUCUGGUGUUAGUAAUGAGUCUUCAAAUUCAAAGGAGGGUGAGGAGAGGUAUACGAGCUCGAAAGGGAGACACAACGGAUCAGAUGAACCGUAUGAUUCUCAUAUGGAUUCUACACCAGAAUUCAGUACAAGUUUGUCUUGGAAAGGACGUCAUGAUUCUCCCCGUUCUCUUGAAAAAUACAAGAGUUCUAAUAUGAGAAGGCAAAACAGUUUUUCACCUGUCAGUUCUUCUCCAAAGCAUAACCAAGGAAAGUCAUGUCGCAAGAUAAGACAUAGACAAAGCAGGUCAGUGGGGGAGGAAUCCAAAGAUAAGUCUGUCAAUGGUAACUUUCAAGAAAAUGAAUUUGUUUUCUCUUCCGAAGGAUAUCCAAAAUUAUCAGUUGCUGGGUCUAACAUUCCAAGAAUAGAAUCUAAAAUUCCAGAAGAGAAUGAAUCAGAGGUGAACCUAGUUAACAAAAAUCAUCAUGUAGAUAUAUAUGAUAAAGAGGACAUGGAAAAGGCACUUGAACACCAAGCCCGACUUAUUGACCGGUUUGAAGCAAUGGAGAAGGCUCAAAGACAAUGGGAAGAGAAAUUUAGAGAGAAUAACAGCAGCACAACACCGGAUUCAUGUGAUCCAGGCAAUCACUCAGAUAUGACAGAGGAUAAAGAGGAAAGCAAGGAUCAGAUCCUGUACUCUUCUAAGGCGGUCACAUCAAAUGCUCAAGAGGAUAAAUCAGAGCGCGGAAUUGUCAACUCAUCUGAAGAAAUAUUAAAAUCUGAGGCCAGAGACGUUAUGCCAAAAUCAUAUGACACAAGAGCUUACACCAACCAUAAUAACACAACUUUGCGCACUUCCGAUUUGCUUGGUCAAGAAAAUUCCCAUUCACCACUUAAUGGAAACCAAAACGAAAGAUCGGUAAAUCGUCAUUAUCAGUCUACUGAGACGAAACAAGAUGAUGCGCGUGGCCAUGGUUACCCUGGUUCCAAGCCAUCUUAUUCCUUUCCUACUGAUAGUCAGGGCGGUCUACACCAAAAUGAUGCUUCAAGAAACAAAAGUGACCGCUAUGCAUUGGUUUCUCGCGAAAAAUCUCAUGAAUUCAAUGGGGUACUUGAAUCACUUAAACAAGCUAAGAUAUCCCUACAACAGCAGCUCAAUAGGUUGCCACUGGUAGAGAGCAGUAAAGCCAUUACACCGUCUGCUAUUGUCGCUAAAAGUGAGGGUAGAUUUGACAUUCCUGUUGGAUUUUCUGGUCUCUUCAGAGUACCAACAGAUUUUACUGAUGAAGCAACUUCUAGAUUUGGUGUUCAUGAUUCAACUGGUGGAUUUGGUGCAAACUUUUAUCACAAUAAUAGAGGCAUAUCUAGAACUUAUGACGGUCAAUUUGUCACCAAGCCCUAUUACGGAACAACGAUGAGCUUAUCUGCAAAUGAUCAAUCUCACGGGACCCGAUACUUGGAAAAUGGACCGGUAUAUGAUUCUAUAAAGCCUCCGUUUGAUCCUUUUUCGAACGGAGGCCCACCCUACUCUGGUAAACAAAUGUAUCCCUCGUUUCCCAUCAAGCCAUCCUAUCAAAUGACAUCGCCGCAGAUGGAGUUUGGUGGUGAACUUUCAAGACCUUAUCCCGUCAAUCCAUCCUAUCAACUUACAUCGCCGCAGAUGGAAUUUGGUGGCGAACUUUCAAGACCUUAUCCCAUCAAUCCAUCCUAUCAAAUUACAUCGCCGCAGAUGGAAUUUGGUGGCGAACUUUCAAGACCCUAUUCAAGUAGAACAGCGGGGGUUCCUCUUGCUGAUCGGUUCUCAUUUAAUGGCGACCAUUUAAAAUGAACCAUGUAUAUAAUUCCAUUAGUUUGCUAGCAGCUUCAACCAUUGUGUUAAUGCGAUGGUGUUAUUGUCAUGUAUCAUGUAUGUAUCUUGCAGGUGAUGCUAUGUAUUGUAAUCAUAUUGCGUGCCACAUUCUGCGGCACUGAAAACUCUCUUUGUCAUCUAUCUAGUUCUAUUUUUAAUUCUUUUGUGAA